CGUGAUUUGAUUAGUCGGGUCUGGCUCGACGAUGCAAACAGGAAGCAAGUUUGUAUUAACCCAACUGCAGCUCAUCAACAACGAACAGUUAUUGCCAACAAAAGGCAAGAGGAUCAGCAAUGUCACGAUUGUUUUUACCAAAUCGUUUUUGUGCCAAAUGUACCCGAAUAACAGCGCGCGGGUCUCCUUUUUUCACACCGCGAGUCAAGCAGCAGCAGUCAGAUAAGCUGAAUGAUUUUAUGAAACAGCAAAGACGAUAUGUCGGAGGGGCAAAUACAGAGUUUUUUAAAUACAGAUCAAAGUCCAGGAUUUGGAUAUGUGGGGUUGGUGUGGGGAUUGCUAUAGCUGUCGCACUGAAAUACCGCGCGGACACAGACAACUGUUCCUGUGAUGAUAAAGUAAAAGAGACGCAGGAGACUGAUCGUUACAGCGAUGCCAUAAAAGUUAGCAGGGACCUUGUUGAGCGGAUCAAGGUAAGGAUAGAGGCGGAGGUCGGGGCUCCAGGCCUGGUGGUUGGGGUCUCUGUGGAUGGAGCUCCUGUUUGGAGUGAUGGGAUCGGUUAUGCUGAUUUGGAGAAUCGUGUGCCAUGCAGCCCAGAAACAGUGAUGCGAAUCGCCAGCAUCAGUAAGCCCCUCACAUCUGCAGCUGCUGCACGACUGUGUGAGGAGGGGAAACUAGAUCUUGAUGUCCCCAUCCAUGAGUAUGUCAAAGAAUUUCCCCAGAAACAAUUUAAUGGAGAGGAUGUCACAAUAACCCCUCGUAUGCUUCUGUCCCACCUGAGUGGUAUACGGCACUAUGAGAGCGAUGCAAAGAAAGUGAAAGAGGACAGGGAGAAAGCUAAGCGUCUCUUGAAGCUAGAAAAGAAAGGGGAUGAAAAGAGCUCAUUUGAAAACGAAGAUAAACCCGAACAAAAAAACAAAGGCAAAGAAGCUCAGAAGAAAAAAGAGUUUGAGCACGAGGAAUACUACUUGAAGGUCAACUUUGAAAGCGUCACUCAGGCCUUGGACCUCUUCAAGGAUGACCCACUCAUUUUCAAACCUGGCACCACUUUCCUGUACUCCACCCACGCCUUUACCCUGCUCAGUGCUGCUGUGGAGCGAGCUGCUGGACAGCACUUCCUUGACGUCAUGAUGAACAUGUUCCGUGAGCUGGGAAUGCUUAAUACUGUACCCGAUGAGAAUGACCCUAUUAUUUACCACCGCUCCAGAUUUUAUCAUCUCAACAAGAGAGGACGUGUUGUGAACUGCCCGUACGUAGACAACUCUUACAAGUGGGCAGGAGGUGGUUUCCUUUCCACUGUGGGUGACCUGCUGCUGUUCGGUAAUGCUCUGCUCUACAGCUACCAGGUGGCCCACCUGAAGGAUACUGAGAGCUCGCUGCCUGGCUUCCUCAAACCAAAAACUGCCAUAGAUCUGUGGGCACCAGUAGACAGGACAGAGGCCAGCUGGGAUAAAGAUGGAUUGUACGCCCAGGGUUGGCUGGUAGUUGAGAAACUACAGAAAUAUGGCCAGUGCAGGAAGCGCAGACACUAUGUGUCGCACACAGGAGGCGCUGUGGGGGCUAGCAGUGUCCUCCUGGUGUUACCCAGUGAGGAGAUAGAUGAGCGCCAUGGACAGACCCCCCUCCUCCCACAGGGGGUGGUGGUCACCAUCAUCUCUAACAUGCAGUCUGUGGGUCUCAACAGCACAGCACUGAAAAUUGCACAUGAGUUUGACAAAGCCAGAAGCCUGUAAGAGUAAGUUGUUUACAGACAUGUGGCAGUUUAUAUUUUACUGAAAAGUGUUUCAGAUAACCCUAGUAUGAAAUGUUGAUGACUAUUGAAAUCAUUGAACUAUUAAAAAAAGUUCAUCGGGUGUUUUAGGAAAACAUGUAUUUGAUAUACCUUUUUAUUUUUAAUGAAUUUAAAGUAAGACUGAAGUAGACCAUUGCAACACUUACAGGGAAGUCAAACUGCCACUAGGUGGAAGCAAUUUACUACAUUUCUAAGACAAAAAGAAGUCACUAACUUCUGGUAUCAAGUUUGUUGGCUUAAUACAAAGGUUCAUGCAUCGCUUCCCUUUUUAAAAGCUGACACAUUAAUACAUGUAUUUGUGCAUUUGAAAGAAAUAAAAACAUUUGAUUCACAACAGAAAGACGUCUGUUGCUAUUUAA